UCUCUUCUCUCUUGCUCACUAAGAAAAGAAAAAGAAUCAAUUCUUCUUUCGAAUUCCAAGACCAACGAAAUCGGAAAAAUCGCAGAUCUAAGAUCCAGAGUUUCCGGCGAACGAUGGCUCUCGAGUGGGUGGUGUUGGGCUACGCAGCUGCGGCGGAGGCGAUCAUGGUGGUCCUGUUGACCUUGCCGGGUCUUGACGGCCUCCGCAGGGGUUUGGUCGCCGUCACGCGCAAUCUGCUGAAGCCGUUCCUGUCCGUGGUCCCGUUCUGUCUCUUCCUCCUCAUGGACAUCUACUGGAAGUACGAGACUCGUCCUUCGUGCGACGGCGAGUCCUGCACUCCGUCGGAGCAUCUCCGCCACCAGAAAUCCAUCAUGAAGUCUCAGCGAAACGCGCUCUUGAUCGCCGCCGCGUUGUUGUUCUAUUGGAUCCUGUAUUCCGUGACGCAUCUUGUUGUCAGGAUCGAGCAGCUUAACCAGCGGAUCGAGAGGCUCAAGAACAAGGAUUAGAUCGCGGUUCGCAGGUUCCGUUUGCUUUAAUGCCCCAUUUCAAUGAUUUUCGAUGUUGUUUCGGAUUCGAUGAGGGAAUGACUUCUCUGUGUCUGGCGAGUUUGUCUCGUGUUUACCUGGUUUUGAUGUUGCUUUUGUGUCCUGGAGAUUGAAGGAUAUAUAUAGACCCAUUUUGCUUAUGCCUUCUCGCAAUCCGUGCUUGGUUUCUGA